UUUCGAGUUACUUAAUGUCUUUUCGAAGCGAAUUCGACCUACUUUUGAGACGAGUGUAAGUGGAUGUUAUAAGAUGGUGUCAGCACUCAUGGUCUAGUAAAGGAGCGAACCUACUGAAAGCGGAGCGGACAAGAGGCAGCACGAUGUGGCGUAUACUCGCGUUCGGGGUCCUGCUGGUGGCCACGGUGUCGGUGGGUGGCGAUAAAGUGGUAGUCCUACCCCAUGACGUUUACCCGGGCUACGAGGUGACGUUACUCGAGACGAAACAGCCGUCGAACUUUCGUCUAGUGGAUAAUGGUUUUUCCAAGUUCUUCACCGUGCUCGGGAACGGUCUAGUGAUGACCACGUCCGACCUGUCGCCGCUGGUCAACCGACGAGUGAACCUGGUUAUACUGGAGGAACUGGCCAACAACACAGAGACGCAUUUCCUUCAUCUGUACGUGAUUAAUCGCAGAAACAUGAUCACCUUCUCGCACGACCAGCUAGGUAUCGGAGAGGUGCUAGAGAAUUCCGCAGCGGGCACCUUGAUCGAGGGUUUCCCAGUGUUGAGGGCUCACGGGAGCUUCCCGGUUCACUACAUGAUCCUGCCGGACGAGACAGGAGACAGACCGUUCGUGCUGAAGCAGGAAGACUCGAAUCAGAUGGGUUUUAACCUGACGCUGAACAGCCAAAAGGAAGGUGUCAGGAUGGUGACCGCAAAGCCUCUGGAUAGAGAGAUCAAGCGACUCUACACGGUCGUGAUCCACGCCUCUGACAGCUAUUUGCUCAGCAGCUCGCAGAUCAGCGGCGUGGUGCACGUGCUGGACGAGAACGACAACAGGCCAGUGUUCGAGAAGGAGCUGUACAUUUUCGAGAUCAGACCGAUGAACUUGGGCAGCGUCAGCGAGAACUCGGUAGCUCUUCCGGAAUGGAAACGUUUCUCGACGGUGGGCAAGGUGCUGGCCAAGGAUGCUGACGGAGACAAAGUCGCGUACAAAUUGAUCACGCCGAGCAGUCUGCUGGUCGUUGUGCCGCAAACCGGAGAGCUAAUGCUUGUUGGAGAGCCGGAAGUCACCAUGGAGCAGGACACCGAGUGCGUGGUUCUUGUGGAAGCUCACGACGUCCGCACACCGAACAAAUCGUCGGAGAAACCGGCCAAGGUUGUCAUUCGGUUCUUGACGUCCAAUCCGACGUCCGAGGUAGCGAUUCAUCGGAUACAGAAGCGACGGGUGACCAGGGCUGUUAGACCGACGAAGAAAGUGGAUUUCACGGAGGCUGACGGCGACAAGGAAGGAAAGAUAGUGUUUUAUCUGGAGAAGGAGAACGAGAAGGAGACGUACAAGAUUAGAGACGAGAAUAAGUGGGUCACUGUCGACUCGAAUGGCUCGGUCAUUGUGAAACAGAAAUGGGAUUAUGAAGAACUGGGUUCGGAAAAGACCAUUGAUUUUUGGGUGACUAUUACGAACACAGAACGGUGUUCAUGGUACCACCCAUCGUAUAUACGGUGUCCAUACAAGGACACGGACAAUCAGCGUGUCAUUAUCAACGUGAAGGACGUUAACGACGAGCCACCGCACUUCAUAAAUCGGCCUCUGCCAAUGGAAACGGUCGUACAGCUGAAUGCACCGCCGAAUACUCACGUGUUUACCCUUCAAGCCAGAGAUCCUGACACCGACAGCAAUAUUCACUACUUCAUCGUACGAGAUCGCACUGGAGGCCGUUUCGAGGUAGAUGAGCGAUCCGGCGUCGUACGCACCCGUGGGACCGAUAUCUUCCAGCUGGACAUGGAAUACGUUCUGUACGUGAAAGCCGAGGAUCAGAACGGCCGUUUAGACGAGAAGCGUUUUCAGUCGACUCCUGAGGAACGGCUAUCGAUCGUAGGUGGAAAACGCGCGCCGCAGUUCUACAUGUUGGCGUACGAGAAAGACGUACCGGAAAACCAGAAGAAGGACUCCGAUAUCAUAUCUGUGAAAGCAAAAUCAUUCGCUGAUCGCGAAAUUCGCUACACGCUGAAGGCACAAGUGCAAGGAGCUGCGGGAACGUUCAAUAUCGGGCCAACAACAGGCAUCGUGAGACUGGCUAAAGAAUUAGAUUUCGAGGAUCUACGUCAACCUCACAUUUAUUCGCUUAUUGUCACUGCUACUGAAGAUUCCGGAGGAUUCUCUACAACCGUCGACUUGACCAUACGAGUUACGGAUGUGAAUGACAACGCACCCAAGUUUGAGUUGCCUGAUUACCAAGCCCACAAUGUGGACGAGGAUAUAUCGUUAGGCACAAGUAUACUGAAAGUGAAAGCAACCGACGCGGAUUCCGGUGCUAACGCGGAAAUAGAGUAUCUGGUGUCGGACGACCAUUUCAGCGUGGACUUGAGCGGCAUCAUAGUUAACAAGAAACAACUCGACGCUGAUAACAACAAUGCUUAUUACGAAUUCGUUGUCACUGCUAAAGACAAAGGACAACCACCAAAAACCGGCACUGCGACAGUGCGUAUAUACACGAAGAACAAGAACGACGAGGAGCCAAAGUUCUCGCAGCAAGUGUACACGCCGAACGUCGACGAGAACGCUGGGCCAAACACCCUCGUGACAACUGUCGUCGCCUCUGACAAGGACGGAGACAACGUUCGGUUUCGUUUCGGUGACGGUAACACCACAUCCGGUCAAUUUGUGAUCGAAGAGAUCACAGGAGUGAUCCGUCUUCACGGGAAGGAGAUCUCGCUUGACAGAGACAAGUACGAGCUGAACGUGACCGCCCUCGACGACGGUGCCUGUUGUCCUAACGGAGACUUGACCACGCACGCCAGCACAGCUGUUGUCGUGGUCUUCAUCACGGACGUGAAUGACAACAAGCCUGUUUUUAAUGACUGUAAAACGUAUAUUCCGAAAGUCGAAGAAGGUGCGCCCAACGGCAGUACCGUGAUAAAGGUUCAGGCUACUGACAAGGAUAAAGGCGUGAAUGGACAAGUGAAGUACUCGAUCGUUCAACAACCGAAUCAGAAAGGAACCAAGUUCACCGUCGACGAAGAGACUGGCCAAGUUUUGACGAAUAAGGUAUUUGAUCGUGAAGGAGAUGAUGGAAAAUUUGUAUCUGUAACGGUUAAAGCAACGGAUCAGGGUGAACCUUCUUUGGAAGGUGUUUGCUCCUUCACUGUAGAAAUCACCGAUAUCAAUGAUAACCCACCAUUAUUCGAUCGCCAGCAAUACGUUGAGAAUAUAAAACAGGAUGCCAGUAUCGGAACAAACAUUCUUAGAGUAUCGGCAUCGGACGAGGAUGCCGAUAAUAACGGUGCCAUAACGUAUUCGUUGAGCUCUCCUAACAAUGACCAAGGGUUGGAGUACUUUGAGAUUCAACCAGAGUCUGGUUGGAUCGUCUUAAAGAAGCCUCUAGACCGUGAGAUGUACAAGCUGGAGGCGAUGGCCAAAGACAAGGGCUUCCCGCCUUUGUCGCGAACAGUGGAGGUUCGGAUUGACGUUGUGGACCGUGCUAAUAAUCCGCCCGUAUGGGACCACAUAGUGUAUGGGCCGAUCUACUGUAAAGAGAACACGGCCGUUGGGGCUAAAGUUGUGUCUGUUAAAGCCAGUUCGGGAAUCGAAGAUAAACCGAGGGUGUAUUACGAGCUAAUCGACGGAUCCACCGCGCAGACCAACAGGUAUAACACGUUUUACCUUCAGCAACGCAGCGAGGGCAAUGUCAUCUGGGCUGACAUCAAGGUCAACCAUCAGCUGGAUUACGAGAGCAUAAAGGAGUACAAUCUGACUAUACGAGUGGAGAACAAUGGCGUCCAACAACUUGCUUCCGAAGCCACAGUUUAUAUUGUCCUGGAGGAUGUUAACGACGAAAUACCUUUGUUCGUGGAACGCGAGCAAGAAACCGUACUUGAGGGUGAACCGGUUGGCAGUAAGGUUACUCAAGUCAACGCAAUUGACAAGGAUGGCACCUUCCCUAAUAAUCAGGUCACCUAUUACAUCGUGGACAGCGACAGGAACGAGGGGAAGGACUACUUCGAGAUCAACCGUGAGACAGGUGAAAUUUUCACGAAGGUGAUGUUCGAUCGCGAGAAGCAAGGCGCGUACGCACUGGAGGUGGAGGCCAGGGACGGUGCACCAUCGGCGAGACCCAACAGCAACGGCCAGCCGAAUUCCGUGACGAAAUUCAUCCGUAUUGGAAUAGCUGACAAGAACGACAAUCCGCCUUACUUCGACAAAGGCCUCUACGAGGCUGAAGUAGACGAAAAUGAGGAUAUCCAGCACACGGUGCUCACUGUCACCGCCAAAGAUCACGAUGAGUCCUCGCGUAUUCGAUAUGAGAUUACGAGCGGUAACAUAGGCGGCGCAUUCGCCGUGAAGAAUAUGACUGGUGCCAUCUACGUCGCGGGUCCAUUAGAUUACGAGACGAGAAAGAGGUACGAGCUCCGUCUCACCGCGUCUGAUAACCUGAAAGAAAAUUACACGACCGUUGUAAUACACGUGAAGGAUGUGAACGAUAAUCCGCCGGUCUUUGAGCGGUCGAAUUACCAGACACAGAUCACGGAAGAGGAUGACAGGACGCUGCCGAAACGCAUCCUCGGGGUGAACGCGACUGAUGGCGACCGGGAUAGACCACAGAGUAUUGUCUACUUCUUAACUGGUCAGGGUAUCGAUCCUGAUAAUCCACAAAACAGCAAAUUCGACAUCAACCGGACGAGUGGAGAAAUUUACGUUUUAAAGCCACUGGACAGGGAUCAGCCAAAUGGAAGGCCGCAAUGGCGGUUCACUGUGUUUGCCCAAGAUGAAAGUGGAGAAGGUUUGGUCGGAUAUGCUGACGUGCAGGUAAACCUGAAGGACAUCAACGACAAUGCACCGACUUUCCCGCAAGGAAUUUAUUUCGGAAACGUCACGGAAAAUGGAACUGCAGGAAUGGUCGUAAUGACAAUGACUGCAGUCGACUAUGAUGAUCCAAGCGAAGGUACAAAUGCUAAAUUGAUUUACUCGAUCGAGAAAAACGUUAUCGAGGAGGAAACUGGUUCACCAAUUUUUGAGAUUGAAUCGGAAACUGGUGUGAUAAAGACAGCAGUAUGCUGCUUGGACAGAGAACGCACUCCAGAUUAUUCUAUACAGGUGGUAGCGAUGGAUGGCGGGGGGUUAAAGGGGACGGGGACGGCAUCUAUACGAGUGAAAGACAUAAACGAUAUGCCUCCCCUAUUUACAAAAGACGAAUGGACCACCGAGGUGGACGAAACGGAAGGUCCAGAUCUACCGGAAAUGCCAAUUCUUACAGUCACAGUUCACGAUGAGGAUGAAACUAAUAAAUUCCAGUAUAAGGUGAUCGAAAGCAGUGGUUAUGGUGCCGACAAGUUCACCAUGGUGAGGAACAACGACGGUACGGGUUCCCUGAAGAUCGUGCAAUCGUUAGAUUACGAGGACCAAUUGCAGAGCAAUGGUUUCAGAUUUAAGAUACAAGUCAACGAUAAGGGAGAAGACAACGACAACGACAAAUAUCACGUGGCAUAUUCGUGGGUAGUGGUGAGAUUGCGUGACAUAAAUGAUAAUCAACCCCAGUUCCAGAAGGCGAAUAUCGAGACCACGAUACCGGAGAAUGCUCGUAUUGGAAACACCCUCGAAACAUUCACAGCCACUGAUCCCGAUCAGGGUAACAAGAGCAAGGUAUUUUAUUCGAUCGAUAGGAGUUCCGAUCGCAAGAGGCAAUUUUCGAUCAACGAAAAUGGCACGGUAUCGAUCCAAAGGAGUCUCGACCGUGAAGAAACACCGAGGCAUCAGGUGAAAAUCUUGGCCAUCGACGAUGGAAUCCCGCCGAAAACCGCAACGGCCACGUUGACUGUAAUCGUGCAGGACAUAAAUGACAAUGCGCCGCGAUUCCUGAAGGACUACAGGCCAGUGUUGCAAGAACACUCUCAACAGAAGAAAGUUGUAGAAAUCUCGGCGACUGAUGACGACGAUCGAUCGAAGAGUAAUGGACCACCGUUCACGUUCAGAAUGGACCCGAAGGCAGACGAUGUGAUUCGUGCUAGUUUCAAAGUUGAGAGCGAUAACAAGGGAGCGAACGGGGAUGGCAUGGCCAUUGUGUCGUCGUUACUAUCAUUUAAUAGAGAGCAGCAAAAGGAGUACUUGAUACCGAUCGUUAUCAAAGACACCGGCGCACAGCCGAUGUCUGGGACCAGUACUUUAACAGUUAUUAUCGGGGACAUUAACGAUAACAAAAUGCAGCCUGGAUCGAAAGACAUUUUUGUAUAUAAUUAUGCAGGACAAUCACCAGACACAGAGAUAGGUAGAGUUUACGUCUUCGAUUUGGACGAUUGGGACUUACCAGACAAGAAGUUCUACUGGGAAAGUUUAGAGCACGCUCAGUUUAAGCUAGACGAUGACACGGGUAUGAUUUACAUGAAGUCAGGCACUCCGGAUGGUAGAUACCACUUACGUUUCAAAGUCUACGAUCGGAAGCAUACUCAAACGGACGUCCCAGCGAACGUGACGGUCACAGUGAAAACUAUUCCUCACGAAGCUGUAUUGAAUUCUGGAUCAGUUCGAGUAUCCGGUAUAACGGAUGAAGACUUCAUUCGUGUAUGGGAUUACAAGUCACAAACUAUAUCGCGCAGCAAGGCAGAAUUAUUUAGAGAUAAACUGGCGCAUUUGUUGAACAUCGAUAGAGAUAAUGUAGACGUGUUUAGCGUUCAAUUACGUAGAAUGCACCCACCGUUGACGGACAUCAGAUUCGCUGCUCAUGGAUCACCGUAUUAUAAGCCUGUGAGAUUGAAUGGAAUCGUGCUAAUGCAUCGUGAAGAGAUCGAGAAGGAGGUCGGUAUCAACAUAACUAUGGUAGGCAUCGACGAGUGUUAUUACGAGAACGAAGUGUGCGAGGGUAGUUGCACGAAUACCUUGGAUAUUAGCAACUUACCCUAUAUGGUGAACGCAAAUAAGACCGCACUGGUUGGCGUACGGGUGGAUGUAAUCGCCGAAUGUACAUGCGGUGCUCGAAACUUCAGUAAAGGUGAAUCUUGCAGAAAUAGCCCAUGUUAUAACGGUGGUCGUUGCGUGGAAGGUCGAUAUGGAUUAUCGUGCCAGUGUCCAGCUGGAUACAAUGGUCCUAGAUGUCAGCAGACUGCGAGAAGUUUCCGUGGAAAUGGUUGGGCUUGGUAUCCUGCUUUGGAAAUGUGCGAUAACAGUCACUUGAGCUUCGAAUUCAUCACCAAGAAGCCUGACGGUUUAUUAUUGUACAACGGUCCUAUUGUUCCGCCCGAGGUUGACGAAAUUAUGGUUUCUGACUUCAUAUCCGUUGAAUUGGAACGUGGAAUACCUCGAUUGCUGAUAGACUUUGGUUCCGGUACCUUGGAGCUGAAAGUGAAACCGAAGAGGACUCUUGAUGACGGAGAAUGGCACAGACUCGACAUUUUCUGGAACACUGAGACCGUGAAACUGAUCAUCGACUUCUGCAAAUCCGCGGACAUCUCAGAGGCAGAAGACGGCACGCACCCAGAGUUCAACGACACCAGUUGCCAAGCCCAAGGCACGAUACCACCCUUCAACGAGUAUCUGAACGUGAACGCACCCCUUCAAAUCGGUGGAUUAUACGUCGAGCAAUUCGAUCCAACUCAUUACAAAUGGAAGCACAUGCCGUUUGGCAAAGGCUUUGACGGUUGCAUCAAGAACCUCUUCCACAACAGCAAGCUGUACGAUCUGGCACAUCCUGGACUAUCCAGAAACAGCGUGGCUGGUUGUCCUCAAACCGAGGAGAUCUGCAAUAACCAGGAAUCCACCUUCCGUUGUUGGGAACAUGGUACUUGCGUUGGAAGCUUCACCGAGGCUAGAUGUCAAUGUAAUCCCGGAUGGACUGGUCCAGGAUGCAUGACACCCACUAUACCGACCACGUUUAAACCACAGAGUUACGUAAAAUACGCCUUGUCCUUCGAACCUGAUAAAUAUUCUACGCAAAUACAGCUGAGAUUCCGCACUCGAGAAGUCCGUGGAGAACUGUUCAGAGUUAGCGAUCAACACAACAGGGAAUAUGCCAUUUUGGAGAUCAAAGAUAGCAGACUGCACUUCCGUUACAAUUUAAACAGCAUGAGAACUGAAGAACGGGACAUAUGGCUGACUGCGAUUGCAAUCGAUGACGGACAGUGGCAUACAGUUCGAGUGUCGAGAUAUGGAUCAGCUGCUACUUUGGAAUUAGACGGUGGCGAAGGUAGAAGAUUCAAUGAAACCUUCUCCUUCAAAGGACAUCAAUGGUUACUCGUUGACAAGCAGGAAGGAGUCUUCGCAGGUGGCAAGGCUGAAUAUACUGGAGUCAGAACAUUCGAAGUGUAUGCUGAUUAUCAGAAAGGAUGUCUCGACGACAUACGACUGGAAGGUAAGCACCUUCCAUUACCACCUGCCAUGAAUGGAACGCAAUGGGGUCAAGCAACUAUGGCCAGAAAUUUGGAACGAAACUGUCCCUCGAACAAAGCUUGUGCCAACGUGAUUUGCAAAGAGCCGUUCGAAUGUAUCGACCUUUGGAACGAUUUCGAAUGCACAUGCGGAGAAGGAAGGAUUCGCUCGCCUGAUAACCAAGGAUGCAUGGACAAAAACGAAUGCAUAGAUUAUCCUUGCUUGAACGGUGGCAGAUGUAUCAACCAAGAUCCUCGUUUCCGAUAUAAAUGCGUUUGUCCUAGUGGUUUCUGGGGAGAAAACUGCGAACUCGUACAAGAAGGGCGUACACUGAAACUCAGCAUGGGAGCUUUAGCAGCUAUUCUAGUUUGCCUUUUGAUCAUACUCGUUCUCGUGUUAGUAUUUGUUGUCUAUAAUAGAAGAAGAGAAUCUCAUAUUAAGUAUCCUGGGCCUGACGAUGACGUGAGAGAAAAUAUUAUCAAUUACGACGACGAGGGUGGCGGAGAAGACGAUAUGACCGCAUUUGACAUUACACCGCUUCAAAUUCCUAUUGGAGGCCCGAUUCCAGAAAUGGGUGGAAAACUACCGCAAUGUAAAGUAUCCUAUACACUUGGGCCGGAACCUAACGUUGGCGUUUUCAUAGAAGACCAUAAAAAGAGAGCUGACAGUGAUCCAAACGCACCACCGUUUGAUGAUCUACGAAAUUACGCAUACGAGGGUGGUGGCAGCAUCGCGGGCUCAUUGUCAUCGUUAGCUUCCGGAACAGACGACGAGCAACACGAGUACGAAUACUUGGGUGCCUGGGGACCGCGAUUCGACAAGCUAGCCGACAUGUACGGGCCGGCGGAAGAAAGCGAAGAGGAGGACUAAGGGCGCUACGAAGUAUCCCUAAAAACCCAUAAGCUCGCACGAUCCGUACACCCUCGAAGGAAUAGUGUGUCCGCGUGAGCUUAGAAAGGAAGAAGAUAAAGAGAAAACGAGAAAGGGACUGUCCUCUACGAAACGUGUAUACUCGAACGAACUUUCUAUAACGGAGACGAAAAAACGAGAAAAAAACAUGAAAGCGAAUCACGACGUAAUUGACGAAAUGGAAAGGAGAGAAAAGAAAAAUUACCGUUAUCGGAGUUUUUUACGUUACUCAAGCAACAAGGACAUUCCGUUUUGUUCACCAAGCAUGUGCACGUUUCCUGGCGUGCGGCUCAUAUUUUUCCGCAGAUGCGCACACGCG